AUGGGGGGUGGACGAUGGCUGCCAGAUUUGGAAGGAAGAGUUAGAGGCUCAAAAAUUUGGUCUGACAUAGUUACUGCAAUUACCUCUAAGCUUGUAUUACAUAAUUUUUAUCUUGAAAACUCUGCAAUUAUUUUGGAGAAUGGUAGGAGAGCACAAUUCUGGAGGGAUAAAUGGGCAGGGGAGUUGUGUUUAAAGGAUGAAUUUCCCAGACUGUUCUCUCUCUCUACUGUCAAAGAUGGAGUAGUGGCUGACUUUUAUACCAGUAGUGGAAUGAUCCAGGACUGGCUUUUCGAGUUUAGGAGACCUCUGUUGGCUUGGGAAGAGGAGGAGGUGAACAAGUUACAUACCUUACUCAGGAGUGCACCGGCUGUGAGGGUCAUAUCGCUCGAUAUAUGGAUGUGGAGGGCUGAUUCCUCUGGGAUGUAUUCAGCUGCUUCAGGUUAUAGAAGAUGCGAAUCAUUAUUGGGUCCUGAUAGGGAAGUGGCAAGGGAAGUAUGGAACAACUGUGCACCACCAAAAGUUAAAUUCUUUGGGUGGUUGGCUUGGUUAGGCAAGGUGAAAACAUCCAGCUAUCUCCAAAGAAUUGGGAUUUUAGAUGAGGCUGCCAAUGUUAGCUGUGUUUUCUGUCAAAAUGAGGUGGAAUCGGUCAACCAUAUCUUGCUCUUUUGCCCAUUUGUUUGGCUACUGUGGUCUCAGAUUAUGAAGUGGUGGGGUGUUCAGUGGGUGAUGCCAAACUCAGUGGAAGGGCUAUUGCAGUGGUGGUCAUUUUGCAAGAUGAAGAAGCUUGAGAAAGUGAUGUGGAAGGUUGUGCCUUUGGCUGUCCUUUGGUCCAUUUGGAAGCAUCGGAAUGAUUGUAUCUUUAAUGGUGCUCAACCAAAUUUAGAAGACUUAUGUGAGGUUGUCAAAAGUGCAGAGGGACAGUGGUUUGGAGGAUGUUCAUAUGUUAGAGUGCUUGGGCAGUCCCCAGUGUGCUUCUGCUCAUUUGUUCAUCUGUUAUGCUACUCAUCAGCUAGAGUGCAGUGGACAGUGGAUUGUUUGCUGUUGGGUAGGCUUCAUGGUAAGGGUAAAUGGUGUAAUGGGGUGGUCCCUGCUGUGUUUGGUGAUAAUUGCAAGAAUGAUACAUCGGAAAUGGAAUGCUGCUCUGUUGUGUGCUGA